AUGGAUGUUCCGUUCAAAAUAAAGGCUUUCGGUUGGAGACUUUUCCGGAAUAGACUUCCCACAAAAGAUCUUUUGCUAUAUAGAGGUACCCCUUUGUCUCUUGAUAAUUUGAAUUGUGUUUUGUGUGGGAUUUGUGUGGAGAACAUGAAGCAUCUAUUUUUUAGUUGUAUGGUGGUUAAGAACAUUAGGAGGGAAAUAGCUUUGUGGGUUGGAAAAGUGGGCAUUGGUGAGGAAGAUGGUUUGGAGAAUUUUAUGAAUUGGUAUCGGUACUUUCGUGUUAAAAAGGUGAAAGAGAGGAAGUUAGGAGUUGUUUGGCUUGCCACUAAUUGGACCAUUUGGUUGCUUAGGAAUGGAGUGUCUUUUCGGAAGGAUAAAUGGAGUAUUAAUGAUACCAUUUGGAAUAUUAAGAUGUUGGUUUGGAGGUGGACUUUUUGUGGAAAAAUUACACAUUCCAAUUUUUCUUUUUACGAGUUCUCAAAGGACCCGUUGUUGUUCCUCUCGUAA